GUUCCAUGUGUGCCAUUUCUCGUGCCUAUCUGUCCAGGAGGCAGCCCCUGCUGGCCCUGCCACCGUCGGCAGAGGAACUUCCCUGGCGGACCGCAGUGGCUGUGGCUCGGGCCAUCAUGUUCUUGUACUGUGUUUGCGGCCAAGAUUUCUGUGACUUACGAUCCGAGGCCUUGCAGGUGCUUCGAAGGAGGUUGGGCUUGGUGCAGAUGUCAUGGGGCAUCCUCAGCAAGGUGCACAAGCAAGCCUCAUGGGAGGCGAUGGUUGGAAUGGAGAUUUGGGAGGCCUCAACGAAGGUGGCCGAGUUUUAUGCGCCCAGCCAAGUGCGAUCCUGGAAAAGCAGCAAAUUACCGAAGAAACGGGAGAAAGUGGCGGAACUGGCCGGUCCCUCUGCUUUAUGGUUGCUGCCUAUUCUUGAUGAGGGCCAAAGAGAAGACCAGCGAUCCUCGCUGCGCUUGUGCUUGACCGUGCGAUGCCUCGCUGAGCCCUAUGCUGCCAAGGGCUUUCACCACGGAAACGGCUUGGCAGCGAUGGUCUGGAGGGUGCUGCCUCGCCUACGAAGCUAUCUGGAGGCCCCAGUCUCGACACCUCCGCCUCUCGCAGUGAUGAAUUUGGUGGUGCAUGUUGUGUGUGCUGCGUGCAUCUCUGCACCACCCAGUUUCCACUCAGAGGCGACGGAGCCGGAGCUGUCAGGAGAUAUGUUCCACGUGCUCACCACCUUGGCCUCUCGGGACCAAGGACCUGGAGUCCUUCAGUGCUGUGCUGGCACUGAUGGAGCAGUCCGAGCCGUACCGGAUUGGGAGCCAUUGCUAUGGCAGGCCCUGCGCGUGCUGUUGGAACAACUCAAGGGCCCCUCCAGCGAGCAGAGACGCUUGCUCCGCUGUGGGGCCAUCGCGUCAAUGGUCAGCACCCUUUUCUUGACGCAGAGCUCCAGAGAGGCCGCGGAGGCAGCGUCAGAUACAAGCAGAGACCGAAGUGCAGCAGCCAUGGCAAGGUCCCUCUACUCUUCUGCUGCUCCCGUCUCGCCCAGCGCGUCUUCGUCUGACGGUGAGCGCCGCAGUGGCACAGGUGGCACAGGGCCUCGCCGACCAGAAGCUGCCCUGGCACAGCUCGCAGCCGCGGUCGAAAGCAGCUUUGCCGUCGCCAAGUCUUUGCGCGGGCUGUUGGGUCACGCCGUGGCGGAACUUGCCAUUGAAAGGUUGGUUCUGCUACUUGCAGGAAUUCGUCGACGUUCUGCAAACAGCUCAGGUCAUUGGAUUACGACCUGGUACGACGCUUUGGUGGAUUCACUGCGACAGCUGCAAGAUCACCUCAGGUCGAAACUGCUUUUCACGUCCGCCAGUGAGGCCUGUGAUACCUUUGAGAGGUUGCCCCUGGCCCUCUGCGCCCCCGAAGCGCAGCUCUCGACCGUCUUGGCCAGCGCCUUCGCAAGCAGUGCAGAUGCGUUCCUGGCACUCUGGCGCCAGCUCAACGGCACGCGUCGCUUGGUCCUUCUCUUUGCGCAUCAUCCCAGGUUGCUGUCACCACCAUCAAAGCUUUGCAGGCGAUCCGCAAGCCUUUGCCCAGGUGGCAGUUCCUCGUUGCGUUUCGUGUGCUGCGACCGUUCGGGCGGUGCAGGAGCCCUGCAGGUGGCGGUGCAGGCCAAAGGGGCUGCUGGUUGCUGGCUGCUGCACCCUGGCCAUGCGGCCCGCUGGGCCCUGAACGAUGCUGCGGAGCAGGCCCGUGUGGAAGCCUACGCCAUGGCCGCCCUGGGCGGGACCUCGUCGUCGACAUCGGGGUCCACUUCAAGUGCACCCAACUUCGAUGCUGCAGCGGAGUUCUUGCUGGGUGGUGCUUCGGGCGAGUUGGUCUCAGAUGAGGACAUGGGCGACAGAGGCCCGGAAAUCCAACACUUCUUGGCCAGUUUGAGGUUGCCAGCUGAGACCGGGCAGGAAAGCGCUGGGCAGAAGCGCGGAGGGAUCUCCCCGCGCGUUCCUUUGGUGGACGCGCAAUCUCAUCCAUCCAAGUCCAUGUUCGCAGCAGCCAGCGAGGACGGUACAGUGCAACUCUGGUCCUUUGGCCGCCGGCUGCUGCGGCAAUUGCCGAGACCGACAGCUGUGGGAGCCACACGACAGGCUGGCCCUCAAGAUCGAGAAACCGGCGCAUCUGGAUCUGGACGUUGGCAGCUGGCCUGGAGUGCAUCCGGGCAUCGCUUGUUGGCAGUGCAGAGUGCACCUGGUACCUCGAGUGUCGUAAACCUUUGGGCUCUUGAAGGAGAUCGACUUGAGGCCACCUAUUCCUUGCAGACAGGCGCGGCGCACGCGCGACUCCUUUCUGCGACCUUUGCGUCCUACACGGGUGCCGUGGUUGCCACUGCAGGGCGACGAUCGGAGGCUGAGUUCGCUGUUCCUGGCGCACCGCCCACGGGACCUGCGCAGAAAGCGUGGCCACACGUAGCUGCCGGGAUUUGUGUGUGGGAUAGCACAUCACCUCGAAGCUCUUCGCUCAUUGCUCACGAUGGUGCAGAGGCAGCGCUGAGUAGCGCCAUGCCGCCUGAGUAUUCCUGUAUCACCUGGGUGGCCAGUCAGCAGCGUCUUCUCUGCGGAACCAAGGCGGGCGAGCUGCGCGCCUUUGAUUUACGGAUGAAGCGCUGGACGCAACGCGUGGAGGCGCACUCCGAGCCCAUGAGAUAUUGCUUUGUGAUGGAGUCGACACAGCAAGUGGCGACAUUGAGCGAGGCCGCCGAGCUGAAGUUGUGGAGCCUCAAACACUUGGAACUCAUAGACACGAUCCCGGCACUUCACCGACCCAGAGGGGUGGCAACAACUGUCGGUUUGAGCUCCAAAGCCUUGAGCUGCGCCGCGCAGUUGUCGGACAGGCACCUGAUCACCGGCGGUCAGGAUGGGACCGUGGUGCUGACCCGCCUCUGA